AUGGCUUCCCUCCCUAGGCCGCCACCUGGGCACUUUAAUAUUCUGUACUUUGCCAGUGCGAACUCUUUUACCUCCAAAGGUUCCGAGUCGUUGCCAGCGCCGCUGCCUCUUAGCAGGCUCUUCUCCGUCCUUGAAGAGCGCUACAGUGGGAUCAAGGCCAAAAUUCUCGAUUCUUGCCUCGUCACCGUCAAUCUGAACUACGUAGACAUGCCGUCAGACCAAGAUUCGGGUGACGACGGUAACCAAUUGAUCAUAUCGGAAGGUGACGAAGUCGCCAUCAUUCCACCGGUCAGUUCCGGCUAG